AGAUUUGACAGCGGUUGGAUCAUCAAGAUCGGACGAGGGUUAGACUAUUUUAAGAAAGCUGACGGUCGCUUCUCCAUAGGCUGGGCAGAUUUCCACUUCCGACAGUGUCACCGAACUACCAUAGAUAUAUUCCACAAGCACACCGUAAAAGGAUAAGAGUUUUAUAUGUAAUACAAUGAGUGCCUUCGAUACCCUUUGAUUCUUCUUCAGGAAUGUAAUGUUCCUCUCCAUAGUACAACUCACGGGCAUGUUAUUCUUGGUCACAAAGUUUUUUAUGUUAUUUUUUUAAAACUGAAGAAGUGUUUUUUGAAAACUUGUUGUCUGAAGUAAGAGGAAAUGGGGGGGAGGAAGUCUAGGUUUGGUGUAGAAGUUCAUUAAGUCCAGAAAGUUGGAGAGAGAUCACUUUAUUGACAAUUGUAUGUAGUGAGAAAAAUACUUAAAUUUUUUUUAUAGAUAUCAUAGGUAAUUUUGAUAUUAAAUUGGUGCUAUACUUCAAGAGACACAAGUGAAUUUGUUGUUCAUUAUACAUUGCAUACUUCAUAUGGUGAUCAUAUAAGUAUCCCUUUUUUUUUCUUUUUUUCUUUUUUUUUUAAGACACUUUGGGCUUUGAUACAAGUUACAAGGGUUUUAUUCCAUAUAGGUUACAAAAUGUUUUAUCCCUAUAGGUUACAAAAUGUUCUGUGAUUUUAAGACUUAAUACAUUGUUACGCAUUUUAAUAAUGAUGGUUUUAUAAUGCC